AUCCCCCCGCUCGUCACCCCAGCCCCGGCCCUGGAAGCCGAGCUGCGCGGCGGCGGCGGCGACGGAGCCUGGCCUCGGGGCUGGACGCGGUGAGCGGGUCGCUGUCCUCAUACUAGGUGGGCACCACAGGAAGGGUUGAGCCACCCCUCAUGGAAGGGAGAGGACCCUACCGGAUCUACGACCCUGGGGGCAGCGAGCCUCCAGGAGAGGCAUCGGCAGCUUUUGAGCGUCUAGUGGAGGAGAAUUCCCGGCUGAAGGAAAAAAUGCAAGGGAUAAAGAUGUUAGGGGAGCUCCUGGAAGAAUCUCAGAUGGAAGCUUCCAAGCUCCGGCAGAAGGCCGAGGAGCUGGUCAAAGACAGUGAGCCGCCGCCACCGCCGCCUGCUUCCUCCUGGGGCUCCUUCCACCCGCUGGCCAAGCUCACAGGAAAGGAUGGGCAUCUUCCGGCACCUCCUGCCACUCCCACAUGUCCCAGUGACAAGCCAGUGCCAGUCCCCAAACCUCCAUCCAGCGGCACCUCCUCUGAGUUUGAAGUGGUCCCCGCUGAAGAGCCGAGUUCUCCGCUGGAAAGCGGCAGCUACCGCAGGGGCAUGACGCAGGAGCUGGGCCCCCCGCCCCCUGAGGACAGCAACCUGACGCUUCACCUGCAGCGUCUGGAGACCACCCUGAGCGUGUGCGCCGAGGAGCCCGACCACAGCCAGCUCUUCACCCACCUGAGCCGCAUGGCCCUCGAGUUCAACCGGCUGGCCUCCAAGGUGCACAAGAACGAGCAGCGCACGUCCAUCCUGCAGACCCUGUGUGAGCAGCUACGCAAGGAGAAUGAGGCCCUGAAGGCCAAGCUGGACAAGGGCCUGGAGCAGCGGGAUCAGGCUGCUGAGAGGCUGCGGGAAGAAAACAUGGAGCUCAAGAAGUUGUUGAUGAGCAGUGGCAACAAAGAGGGCACCUGUGGGCAGCCUGGCUCCCCAACGGAGGGCGCUGGCAAGAAGGGUGUGGCUGGACAGCAGCAGGCCACCAUGAUGGCAGGUAAGGUCCAUCUCGCGGAGGUGGGGGCCUUGGGUGCCGCUGAGAAGAAAGUGAAGACGCUGGAGCAGCAGCGCAUGGAGCUGCUGGAAGUGAACAAGCAAUGGGACCAGCACUUCCGGUCCAUGAAGCAGCAGUACGAGCAGAAGAUCACUGAGCUACGUCAGAAGCUGGUGGACCUGCAGAAGCAGGUGACCGAGCUGGAGGCGGAGAGGGAACAGAAGCAACGAGACUUUGACCGCAAGCUCCUUCUGGCCAAGUCUAAGAUUGAGAUGGAGGAGACUGACAAGGAGCAGCUGACGGCAGAAGCCAAGGAGCUGCGCCAGAAGGUCAAGUACCUGCAGGACCAGCUGAGCCCACUAACCAGGCAGCGCGAGUACCAGGAAAAGGAAAUCCAGCGACUUAACAGGGCCCUGGAGGAGGCCCUGAACAUCCAGGCCAAACCAUCCUCUCCUCCUGCUGCUUUUGGGAGCCCUGAAGGGGGUGGAGGCCACCUGAGGAGGCAGGAGCUGGUGACCCAGAACGAGCUGCUGAAACAGCAGGUGAAGAUCUUCGAGGAGGACUUCCAGAGGGAGCGCAGUGACCGCGAGCGCAUGAACGAGGAGAAGGAAGAGCUGAAGAAGCAGGUGGAGAAGCUUCAGGCCCAGGUCACCCUGUCCAACACCCAGCUCAAAGCGCUCAAAGACGAGGAGAAGACCCGAGAAGCCCUCGAGCAGCAGAUGAGGAAGGCGAAGGCCCCGGCACAGCGCUACCAUCUGGAGCCCCACCCUGAGCACGUCUGUGGGGCCUACCCAUACGUGUGCCCGCCCAUGCCAGCCAUGAUGCACCACCACGGCUUCGAGGACUGGUCCCAGAUCCGCUACCCCCCAACCCCUAUGGCCAUGGAGCACCCACCUCCCCUCCCGAACUCGCGCCUCUUCCAUCUGCCCGAGUACACUUGGCGUCCACCUUGCGCAGGGAUGCGCAAUCAGGCCUCCCAAGUAAUGGACCCUCCUCCAGCCAGGCCUGUGGAACCAGAGUCUGCAAAAACUGACCAUGAGGUACCUCAGUGAGACCACAUUGUGUUCGUUGGCUCCACCUUCAUCUUGCAGAGCCAGCUGCCCUCGGAUUACCAAGAAGUUAGAGCCAUGUGCCUGCUCUGUGUGGCCAGAGCCACCUCAGCUGGAUGGGAGGCUGGGAUGGGCAGACUGCCCAUAUCCCCAGCCCCUGCCUGUUUACAAGAUGGGGAGAAUCCACCCACGUGGCCUCGCUGGGCUCUUCUGGAUGAGACUGUUCUGUCUCCUGCUAUGACAAAAGGGGGCGCUCGCCCCGCUUUAACCUGCCAUCCUUUGCUCAGGCCACUGGACCCGCAUCUUCGGAGUGAAGUGCAGCUGAGACCCGUUCUUCUCAGAACCUCUGCCGAAAUGGUUCCAGGCCCUCCAGGGGCCACACCCGUCGCGUGUGUGUCUGUAGCUUUUGCUUCAAACUCUGUGGUGGGACACGCCUUGUGCCCCUCCUUCCGUACCCCUCCAUGAGGAGCUGUGGAGAAAGAGGUUUGUCUCUAGACCAGAAGAGAAUGACAAGAUGGGACGCUCUCCACUGCGCCCACGGCAGCUGGGUAAGAGCCAGGCAGCCUGGAAUGAAGGUCAUGCCAGCCACAUCUGCCGAGGGGCCCCAGCAUGAACCUGCCAGGCCCCAAGUUCGGGCCCUCAGACCCCACAACUAGACACUUGUGGGGCCAGGAGCCUGUGUUGAGGUGGCUGUGUGUCUCGGGGCAGCUGUUUGCACGAAUCUUGGACAUAAAUCCAAGUUGAACACCAA